AUGAGCGAACAAACAGUGUACCCGGCGACAAAGCUGGGUGAAUACACAGUCAUACAGGAUAUCGCCGAGGGGACGUUUGGCAAGGUCAAAAUGGCUACUCACACCAUAACAGGUCAGAAAGUUGCCAUGAAGUACAUAUCCAAGGCAGUCAUCCAUAUGACCAAGACCAAGACUCGUGUCCAGAGGGAAGUGGAGUACAUGCGAACCCUGCGGCACCCGCAUAUCAUCAAGCUCUACGAGGUGAUUUCUACCCCUACAGAUAUCAUCAUCGUUCUCGAGUACGCUGGUGGCGAACUCUUCAAUUACAUUGUAGCUAACGGACGGAUGCCGGAGCCCCGAGCCCGGAGGUUCUUUCAGCAACUCAUCUCAGGGAUAGAGUACAGCCACAAGCUCAAAAUCGUCCACCGAGAUCUCAAGCCAGAGAACGUGCUUCUUGAUGACGAUCUCAACGUCAAAAUAGCGGACUUUGGGCUUUCCAAUGAGAUCAAGGAUGGUGAUUUCCUCAAGACGAGCUGUGGUAGUCCUAAUUAUGCCGCCCCAGAAGUGAUCCGAGGGGGGCUUUACACCGGCCCAGAGAUCGACGUCUGGAGCUGUGGAGUAAUUCUCUAUGUCAUGCUGUGUGGAAGGCUACCUUUCGAAGACGAUGAUGUCCAAACCCUGUUCACCAAAAUUAGCCAGGGUUCUUACCAUAUGCCGUCUUAUCUUGGUGCUGAUGCCCGCGGCCUGAUUAACCACAUGCUCGCUAUCGAUCCUGUCAAACGUAUAACCAUCCCCGAAAUAACGCAGCACGCAUUUUUCAGGACUGAUCUUCCCCGCUACCUAACUCCUCUCCCUCCACCCCCUGGUCCUGUGCUUGGUACGCUAUCGUCCCUUGUCACCCAGGCUAAGGUACUCGACUUCGAGAUUAUUGACGGUCUUGGACGCAUAGAGGAGGAUGUAAUCGACGAACUGUCAACGCGCAUGGAAGGCGUGGACAAGGAAGAUAUCUGGGAGUGUCUGAGACGGGAUGACGGUGUUCAAGGGAACGCGGUCAAGGUUGCAUACAUGCUCCUACGAGACAAACGCCGUGCUGGCCGUGACUUGGCAGAGUUCGAGGAACAAGAACGAGAUGCCCAACUCGCAGCGAUGGAUAAGACGACGACAUCGACGAUGGACUCGAUUUUUUCCACGCCUGACGGUGAAUACGGCGAACGCGACCUCAACACAUUUGCUGUGCUCAACUCUUCGCUGCCCCUCCCCGACCAGCUACCGGAACAGCACCAUCUUGCAUCAUAUGCAAAUGCCAAACGUGCAUGGCCUGUUAAAGAGAAGAAGCAACACCGGACGAAGUGGCACUUCGGGAUUCGCAGCAGAAGUCCGCCUAUGGAAGUUAUGCUGGAGAUCUAUCGAACGCUCAAGGCACUCGGAAUGGAGUGGAAGGAGAAGAGGAACUUGGGGGGCUUAGGAGGUGUUAAGUCCCGGCCAAGGAGUAGCAUGGACGGGGGCGCGAAGAUUGAGCGCGCAAGGGAGAUGGAUGGCAGCGAAUCGGUAGAUUUGCGCGUGGCUGCAAGCGUCUACUUUGUAGAGACCCGAGCUAGAGUCCAGGACGUUGUGGUCCUCAUGAAUCUCCAGCUCUACAUGGUGGACUCGAUAAAUUAUCUCGUCGACUUCCACCACAAAAAAGACGUACAAAGCGACAAAGACCAUCUCGCACUUAAGGAAGACGAGGUGGUUUCGCCUUUUGUAUUUAUGGAUGUUGCAUGUCGGUUGAUUCUCGAACUCGCUGGCGGGGAGAGUAAGAAAUCCGUCCAAAUUAUGGCGAGGUCAUAA